AUGGUGGACAUGGGCGAUGCCACGAGGCUCAUUGGAGACCUGCAUCAGAAGCUAGCCGACCUCGACCAUAAGGUUGCAGCCUACCGCCAAGACAUGGCCGCCGAGUUCUAUAGAUACUCGCACCAACUUCUCAAAAACGUCCCACACGACCUAUCGGCCGAGGUCGAUCGCGCUGUCGCCGCCUCCUUCGACAACUAUCCCGCGCUGCGUCCCGCCCUCGUCUCACCACGAGACUCACUUGACUCACCGCCACCGCCGCCUACUACCCAUCACGCCGGUAACCUCGCCGAAACCCAUAGCAACCCCGGUGCGCCCCGCCAUCCUCCUCCGUCGCCGUCUCCCAAGUCCACCCCUCCAUCCGUUCUCCCCCAUGCCGGUACUGCUGUCCUGACCUCUCCCGACACCGCCUACGACCGGGAAAGGGAUAGGGAUUUCCACGGUCUCUUCACUCCGAGCUAUCUGCCCCUGCUCGACGGCUCACACAUGUCGCCAGCACCAGCAAACCCCUCGCCAACCCUCUCGCCGACGCCCAAGCCUGCCACCGACGACGACAUGGGUCGGUACAAGUCCGGACAGCCGGGGGGGUUGCAGCCUGCGGUUCAGCUGUCUGCUGCCGCAACCCAGACGCCCGGCCGACCGAACCACGAACGCCGUGCGACUGACGACACGACCUCCUCUUGCGCAUCGGAGCAGAGUGAUUCCAAGGUGCGCCGCAGCGCCCUACGCAGGGCCUCGACCGGAUCCAAGCCCCCGCCCAGUCCCAGGCGAGUGCGUUUCGAGUUCGAGGGGGUAGAGGUGCUGCCUACAGCUUCGCCCCAUUCGUCAGAGCCGUCGCUGGUGCUUUCGCACACGCUCGCCAACUCAAGGUCACCCCCUCCGCCGGAAGAUGACCCAAUGAGUGUCGAGUCCAUACUGGGCCCCGACGAGGACAGCGGGCCGCCCCCCAAGAAGGUGUCUUCCUCCCAGGCCCUUCGUGCCCUGUCUCGCGCCCCUCUGGAUUCGAACACUGUCUGGACCGUUGUAAACCCCGAUGCCCUGGAGAGGGAGAAUGGAAGCAUGGCGACGUCGGACUCCGAGACCUCAUUGCAAAUGAACGAUACCCCCCAGUCUGCACCCAAGCCGCAACCCCCCCAAAAAACCACUGCGUUAGAGCACGAACCAACCCCGGAGACCUCGAGCCGCCCCUCUCUAGCGGCGGUAGACAGGCAGAGGGACUACAACACAGACGAAGACGGCGACAGCUCCUCUGAUGACGAAUUCCUAGCCAUGGCCAAGCCAAAGUCCUUUGCUAACAAGAAAGCCAUCCUUUCACCACUCUCACGCUCACCGACAAGAAUGGCGCCCGUCCUGUAUAGCCCGACCCAGGACAAGACAGGGUCGCACAACGAAAUCAAGUCGCCUAUAGAGCAAAGGGACUCGGACUCGGAUGACGAUGGUGAGGAGCUGUUUCACUUUGAGGGACUCAGUGCGCCCCCAAAACCUCGUUCUCGGCCGCCGCCAAUUCAGGAGGAGGACGAAGAUGAGGACGAGGGUGACGAAAAGAAUGAUACGAACGAGCCGGUGGCGCCAAAAUUGUAUUCGACGUCGCCUGCUGUAUCGAUCCCCAGGGCGCCAGAGCCGGCGAUCCCUGCGCACCUAAUUUCAGGCUCGGUGGGUUCGUUCAAAGGCCGCCCUGUCACGAUGCCGAUUGUCAAAAACCCCGACGUCUACCAGCAAGCGGCCUCACUCGGCGAUGUCAAUACCUUUAUCGGAGGGUUGGACGGGAGCAGCGGUGUCGAUGACGGCGACCUGAACAGCUAUCGUGCCAGCAUUGGGCAGGUGCUGUUCUCCGGGACGCCCCGAAGCUUGACGGAACGGAUGAUGAUGGAAGAAGCACACAGCCAGAUACGGGCAGCAGCGCGGCGUCCGCACUAA